AGGGCCAAGCUGAGCCCGGGCAGGCUGCCUGUGGUGGUGGAGAGAAAGGACACCUGCUGCUUUCUGCUCUGUGACCUUGGGCCUCCCCCCUGGGGCACCCGAGCACCGGGUGUCACUGUGGGAGCCACGGUGGCACCUGUCUCGGAGGGUGAAGGUGGAAUGAAGUCGGGGCCGCGGUGGGCACUGCACCAACGCUGCUUUUCUUCCCUUCCCUCUCUGGGCCCUCGGGCAUCUGGGCUCUCCAGCAGCCGGGAGGGCCGGGGAUGGGAACAGCGUGUCACUGCCACAAAGUUCCUAGUUUGUCGAGCGAAUCUAGUUGCCCCUUCUCUCCCUAGGGCAUUUGCACAGGACGGACUGUGUCCUAAUUCAUUCCUCCCAUGGGAACACUGGAGUCCCCAGUUAUCUAAGAACAGUGCUGACUUCUUGUCACAUUGUUCUGUAUUAGCAAAGGCUGUUUGUUCAGUAGGUAACAGACUCUUCUCAUGAACUCAAAUAGCAGGGGAAAAAAAUCCCCUUUAAAACCUUAGUAUGUUACUUGUGUUAGUGUUAGUUGGCAAAGUCCCUUCUCUGUGUUCCCCUCCUUUUUUGAAGCACCUCACCCCACCAACUCUGCCUGGAGGCAUCUCCCUCCCCACCCAAGGGCCAGGCAGUGUUGCCUAAGGGUUAAGAGCCUGGAAGCUUCCCUGAGCUGUGUGACACUGGGCAGCUUGUGUCACCUCACUGCUCCCAGCAUCCUCCAGUUGCAGUGCUGGCCUCAUGGGGUUGCAGUGGGGACUGAGUGAAGACAUGGAGAAACACUUGGGGACAGUGUGUGUCUAAAAUGUACUGUGAACGUGGUAGUCAUCACUGUACCACAUGCUUACCCCCAUCAUGGUAUUUUUAAAGUGCGAAAACUGUUCAACCCUGGGCCUCCCUCCGUGUGUCAUGUGAUGGGUCCAGGUUUUGAAGCUGGACAGACCCAGGUGUGAUUCCCAGCUAUUUACUAGCUUUGUGACCGUAAGAUCAAUAUCCUCAUCUGGGGAAUGGGAUAAACGAUGCCAUCCUGGCCAAGUAUAAUCUUUGUGAGGCUUAAAUGGCACAUGUAAGUCCCUUAGCUUGCUUCCAGGGCUGUAGUCUGGGCUCCGAAAUUAUAACAUCAUUAUAACCUUGAUGUAGCCAAAAGGUCAUUAUUUGUAGGAAGUGGAGUAAAUGGCAUGCUGUUGGCAGUUUUUAAAUGAUAAAGGAAUUCGAGUUAAGUAUUCCGUCCAAUUCUAACAGACUUUUUCUCAACUCAGCGUAAAAGAGUUCUUUGUAGUGCACCGUCCUCCCUCCCUCCUUCCGCCGUGUGACUGUUUUCACUGUCGUCCUUGGUAUCUGCCAGCAGGGCCUGAAAUUAAUGAAUGACUUAGAGUUACCACUGCAUGCUCAGAAAUCCUGUUCUUCUCCUAGGGCUGAGAUCUCUUUAAUGAUGGAGGGAAGCAGGCAGACGCGAGUGUCUCGGCCAUACAAGAUCAGCGAAUCAUCAAAGGUGUACCGCUGGGCCGACCACUCAACCACCGUGCUGCAGCGGCUGAACGAGCAGCGUCUCCGCGGCCUCUUCUGCGACAUCGUCCUGGUGGCCGAUGAGCAGCGCGUGCCAGCCCACCGUAACCUGCUGGCAGUGUGCAGCGACUACUUCAACUCCAUGUUUACCAUUGGCAUGCGGGAAGCUUUCCAGAAGGAGGUGGAGCUGAUCGGCGCCUCCUACAUCGGGCUCAAGGCCGUGGUGGACUUCCUGUAUGGCGGGGAGCUGGUGCUGGACGGCGGCAACAUCGACUACGUCCUGGAGACGGCCCACUUGCUGCAGAUCUGGACAGUGGUGGACUUCUGCUGUGAGUACCUGGAGCAGGAGGUGAGCGAGGACAACUACCUGUACCUGCAGGAGCUGGCCUCCAUCUACAGCCUCAAGCGGCUGGACGCCUUCAUCGACGGCUUCAUCCUGAACCACUUUGGCACGCUGUCCUUCACGCCCGACUUCCUGCAGAACAUCUCCAUGCAGAAGCUGUGUGUCUACCUGAGCAGCAGCGAGGUGCAGCGGGAGUGUGAGCACGACCUCCUGCAGGCCGCCCUGCAGUGGCUGACGCAGCAGCCGGAGCGCGAGGCCCACGCCCGCCAGGUGCUGGAGAACAUCCACUUCCCGCUCAUCCCCAAGAACGACCUCCUGCACCGUGUCAAGCCGGCUGUGUGCUCGCUGCUGCCCAAGGAGGCCAACUGCGAGGGCUUCAUCGAGGAGGCCUUGCGCUACCACAACAACGUGGCGGCCCAGCCCGUCAUGCAGACCAAGCGCACGGCGCUGCGCACCAACCAGGAGCGCCUGCUGUUCGUGGGCGGCGAGGUCUCCGAGGGGUGUCUGGAGCUCAGUGACGACACCUGCUACCUGGACGCCAAGAGCGAGCAGUGGGUCAAGGAGACGCCGCUGCCCGCCCGGCGGAGCCACCACUGUGUGGCGGUGCUGGGGGGCUUCAUCUUCAUCGCCGGCGGCAGCUUCUCACGGGACAACGGAGGGGAUGCGGCCUCCAAUCUUCUUUAUAGGUAUGACCCCCGCUGUAAACAGUGGAUCAAGGUGGCCUUCAUGAACCAGCGCCGCGUGGAUUUCUACCUUGCCUCCAUCGAAGACAUGCUUGUGGCCGUCGGUGGCCGGAAUGAGAACGGAGCUUUGUCUUCAGUAGAGACGUACAGUCCCAAGACCGACUCCUGGUCCUACGUGGCUGGCUUGCCAAGGUUCACGUACGGCCACGCGGGCACUAUCUACAAAGACUUCGUGUACAUCUCGGGGGGCCACGACUACCAAAUCGGCCCCUACCGCAAGAACCUGCUGUGCUAUGACCACCGGACGGACGUGUGGGAGGAGCGGCGGCCCAUGACCACGGCGCGUGGCUGGCACAGCAUGUGCAGCCUGGGCGACAGCAUCUACUCCAUCGGCGGCAGCGACGACAACAUCGAGUCCAUGGAGCGCUUCGACGUGCUGGGCGUGGAGGCCUACAGCCCGCAGUGCAACCAGUGGACCCGCGUGGCACCGCUGCUGCACGCCAACAGCGAGUCGGGCGUGGCGGUGUGGGAGGGCCGCAUCUACAUCCUGGGUGGCUACAGCUGGGAGAACACUGCCUUCUCCAAGACCGUGCAGGUGUAUGACCGCGAGGCCGACAAGUGGAGCAGGGGCGUCGACCUGCCCAAGGCCAUCGCCGGGGGGUCUGCCUGUGUCUGCGCCCUGGAGCCGCGGCCGGAGGAUAAGAAGAAGAAAGGCAAAGGCAAGAGGCCCCAGGACCGGGGCCAGUGACCCCACCGUCACCUCCCAGGCCCCUGUAGACCAGCAGCGACUUCUUAGAAUUCUGGAAACAUUAUGUACAACUUAGCAGCUUUUUUUACUUUUAUGAUUCUUGGUAUUUCUAUGAUAUCACAGUAACCAAUUAAAUACUCUCUAUAACUUCACAUAAUCUUGCUUGAAUAACUAACCCUGGUCCCAGGCAGUGAGCAACCCCUUGUACCUUUGCAGGUCUUUGUCCCAUGUUGCCAUUCCUCUUUGGGUCCUUCCUCACCGUCCCCCCGAGAGUAGCUGGCACUUGGGUUACUCAGAAAUUUUUGUAGUGAAGCUUGCGGCCUCAAAGGGAUAUAUAUCUUAGAUCACCUAGUCCAAGCCUCCCCAAACCUAACUGAGCUUUUAAGAGCACUGAUUCCUGAGCCCCCUCAGAAUUAUGGAAUCCAGAACCACCAGGAGCAGGGAUAGGGUGGAGCCCAGAAACUGUAUUUUAACUGGUUCUUGGAAUUCUGGGCAUCAGCCACAUCUGGGAAUCACUGGCAAGGUCAGGUGUGUUUGUUUUAUGAGUGAUAGGGCAGAGACUCCCAGGAGGGUGGGUGGGUGAGGGAGUGAGGGAGUGACGGGGGCCACAAAGCUCCCCGGACCGUCAGGUGAGCUGUGGCAACUUCCCAGCAGGGAGCCGUUCUCCAUAGCAGGUGAACGUUGCUUCUGAAUAAUUCCAGCUUUCCUCAUUGGAAACCUUCUUGAAUUCUAAAAGGUUACAGGCAACCAAGAAUGAAGAUAGGUAUGAAGCUCUUUAGAAAUAUUAUUCUGUAAUUGGUGCAUUUUCUUCCUCUUGCUUUCUUUCUUUUUUUUCUGAGCUCACUAUCUUUUGUAUUACUGAUGUACUCAGCUCCCCACAUCUGUUUAUUUCUCAGGAAGGAAAAAGUGAUCGCUACAGAAUUUGUGAUUGUUCCCUGACUCUAUCUCGAGGCACCGUGUGGAUCCCUGAGAAGGCAGUGGAGGUCCCCCCCAACUCCCAUGCCAGGUCUCGCCCCAGUUUUCUGCUGCUAAGUAGAUUCGUGCUGCUGGGCAAAUUCUUGAAGAAAUAGGCUUGUUCCCUCAUCCCCCUUGCCACAGGGUUAGAUGAAAUGCCCUCCAGGCCCUCAGGGCGUCAGGGCUCCUCAGUCUCUCUGAGCUGUUCACACCCUGAUGGCAUCCCUUUUAGGAUGCACUGACACCUCCUAGAGCAGGUAUCAGUGUCGAUUUCCCUUUAGGAGGGCUCUGGGCUGCCCGAGUGGAUGAGAAAUGUGCAGAACUAUGGGAGGACAGGAGUGUGGUGGGUUUUAAGCAUGGGCCAAGGAAGGCGUGAAUGAGCUGAAGGCAGAGAUCAGAAAACUUCAAGAUGGGCUUCAUCUUCAUUCCUAGUCUAUCACCAGUCUUCCUGCAGACAGUUCUGGGAGCAGGUAUCAAUGUCGCUUGCCCUUUAAGAGGGCUUUCAGCAGGCCAACUGGUUGAGGAUCAAUGUGUUAAGAUUGAUACUAGACAAGGAUAAAAAUCGUAGUUAACAUUUAUUUCCAUUUCUUCUGCUUCUUUACGGCGCCUCCUUUCCCUUCUCUGCAGGGUUUACUGUGUUUCCAUUGGUCUGUUUCUGUAGCCAUACAGGAGAGAGGAGAGCGUUUGGGGGACUGAAAGCUUCAAUAGCCAAGUGCCUGCCCUCCACUGUGAGUGCGGUGAGCAACAGCGGUGAGCAGUCUGCGUCUUUAGCUAGCUGGUCAUUUGCAUGUGAAGUCCCUGGAGGCGGACAGACUGUUGAGAGGCUGUGCGAGGCAGACAAAGCCAAAAGCUGUGAACUCUGGAGCUCUGCAGCGCUGGCGUAUGAAAGGCUCUGAGAAGUCCUGCAUUCGUUUACCCUUCCAUUAACCCAGCACUUCCCAACUUCUUUGAGCCUGAAAUUCUUUUUUGUCUCGUACCUAGUCCCAGGCCCCCACAAAACGUGUUUUGCAGAACUUCUGCCGACUUUGGGAUAGCUCACCUCCUUCCUAUUCUGGAAAGGUUUUACUGCUUAAAGACGCCCCAGAAGGUAGGAAGUGGUACACGCAGCCUCUCCUCCCCCGCUCAGCCUAGGUCAUGAACAAAUGGGUGGUGGUUUGACCUGAAUCUCGGGCCGCUGGGGAAAGCACAUAGAAAGACUCUGUGAGUGAUUUGGGGAGAGGAUAGCUUUGACCCCAGGAGGGGAGGGCCACUGGUUUUUAGCCUAAGCCAACUCGUUUGUGUUUUGCUUCUGGGACUUGUCCCUGGAGAUGUGUGAACUGCUGGCUUCCAUUCUGAUUUUCUUGUGCCUCGUGGGUUACAUGCGACAUCCUGUGCCUAAAAUUUUGUGGUCUCUCCUGAGACUAUUAAGGUGGUUUGUAAUUUACUUGACUUGGAAUCUAGUAUUAAUCAGGUUGGCAGCACUCCUUAGGAGAAUAAACCGGUUUCAUCUUGUCGGCCAACUUCUAAUAUCUGUUGGUGACUACACUGUGACAAGAAAGGUUUUUGAGCUUGUUGGGGUCAAUAGAUGGGCACAAGGGUGCCACGUGGUAGUACCUGGGGCAGGGUUUUGUUACUUGUGUUUGUGAGUUGAAAAGUCACUCUGCUGUGCAGUCUAACUGAAAAUGGAAGAGACCGCGCCUGGGCAACAUGGCAAAAUCCCAUCUUCACA